CCCACGCCACCCACCCCGAGCCAGAUCUAGAUCGAGACCCCCUGCACCAGCGGCCUCCCGUCCCCUUGCCGGCCUGAGCUGAGCUGAGCUGACAAGAUGACACGGCGUGGCUGCGUGCAGGCGCGGGUGAUACCUGAGACGGACGCCGGGCUGGUGGAGUUCUUCCUGGACACGGACGCGCGGGAGAUCGAGAUCGAGAUCGGCAGGCUCCGCCCCAGGCUGAACAAGGCCUUCUUCGACCACAUCCAGCGGGAGAUCGCACAGAUCAAAUUCGCGGUCACCAGGACAGCGGCAAACGAAGACAGACUGAUCGAGCUGGAGGCCAUGCAGAAGGUCAUCGGGGAGGGAGUCGAGGCCUACGACAAGCUGCAAAACGACCUCGUGACGGCCAAGGAGCGGCUCACCAACAUCCUGCAAUCCAAAGAUAGGAAGAAAACGUUGUCAUGCUUGUGGUCGAUUCAGCCGGGGAUCAACAACGUCGUCGUCGCCGGUGGCAUGGAUACCAUGUCCAAUGCCCCCAAAUACGCUGCAACAGCAAGGUAGAAGAUAGCAACAGAGUGGUAAGGUUUGUGCAGAGAUCUUCUCCUCCGUCGCCAUCCGCGACAAAGCUACUGGGUGCAUCCGUCCAUCUUCAGAUCUGAGUGAAGAGGGCAUCCGUCCAUCUCAAAAGGAUAUGGAUGACUAUCUGAAAGUAUGCAGGUUUCUUUCCAAACUUAACAACGAGAUACUAGGUGAAAGAAAUGCUGCCUACAAGGAAAGGUUGAGCAGCCUAGAGAAUUUAGUACGGAUCAUGGGGUGAUCGACGUGGACUACCGCGACCUGGUGGGCAUCGUGCUCUUCAACCACUCAGAGACGGACUUCGCUGUGAAGCCCGGCGACCGCGUCAUAGAGAUGAUUGUCCAGGUGAUUGCGGCGCCGGAGGUCGCCGAGGUGGAGGACCUUGACGCCACCGUCCGGAGUCGUCGAGGUGGAGGACCUCGAUGCCACUGUCUGGAGGUUGCCCAGGUGAAGGACCUCGACGCCUUGGUAGAUACAUCUAGAGAAGUGGUCUACUUAGGUUGGUGGUGGAACGCUAGGGAAGGUACCUACCUUUCGGUGAUGUUUGUGUGCGUCUGAAGUAUAAACGAUCUCGUGAUCUCUUUGAAUUGAGAUGUUCAAUGUUGUAUCCAUGAA